UUUCUUGUCUUCUUUUCAGUUUGGUGUCACUUUUUUCCAAAUUAUUUUUUAUGAAAUUGCACGUUAAUCUCAUUAGAACAAAAAAGUUUGCUUCUUUGUGAAUUGUGAAGAAUCUUGAAAUCCCCCUUUUCUAAUUUCUUUUUAUUAUUAUAAUGGAGGGUUAUGAAUUUGUGAAGGAUUUGGGUUGUGGUAAUUUUGGAGUAGCUAAGCUUGUAAGAGAUUAUAAGACUAAAGAGCUCUUUGCCGUCAAGUUCUUUGAAAGAGGACAAAAGAUUGAUGAACAUGUACAAAGGGAAAUUAUGAAUCAUAGAUCAUUGAAUCAUCCAAAUAUAAUCAGAUUCAAAGAGGUUUUGUUGACGCCUACUCAUCUAGCAAUAGUAAUGGAGUAUGCGGCAGGAGGAGAACUCUUUCAGAGGAUUUGUAAUGUUGGAAGAUUUAAUGAAAACGAGGCCAGAUUCUUCUUUCAACAAUUGAUAUCAGGGGUUAGCUACUGCCAUUUCAUGCAAAUCUGUCAUAGAGACCUCAAAUUGGAAAAUACAUUACUAGACGGAAGUACUGCACCGCGCGUCAAAAUUUGUGAUUUUGGUUGCUCGAAGUCAUCUGUCUUUCAUUCUCAACCAAAGUCCACUGUAGGGACACCAGCUUAUGUUGCACCGGAGAUCUUAUCAAAGAAAGAGUAUGACGGGAAGGUUGCAGAUGUUUGGUCUUGUGGAGUCACUUUAUAUGUAAUGCUGGUUGGAGCUUAUCCAUUUGAAGAUCCCACUGAUCCGAAAAACAUGAGAAAGACCAUAUCCAGAAUAAUUAGCGUCCAGUACUCAGUUCCGCAAAAUGUCCCAAUUUCCAUGGAGUGCCAGCAUCUCUUAUCCAGAAUUUUUGUGGCAGACCCUGAAAAGAGAAUAACUAUUCCAGAAAUUAAGAAGCAUCCUUGGUUUUUGAAGAACUUACCUGUCGAAUUCAUGGAAGAAGGACGGAACGAGUGCAUCGAUGUAAAUAAUCCGAGACAGAGCAUAGAAGAAGUAUUGGCAGUAAUACAGGAGGCAAGAAUUGCUUUGCAGGUUCUAGCAAAUUCAUCUGAAGGCAUUAUGGAAGAACUAGAUGAAUUAGAUGAUGCUGAUAUUGAAGAUAUUGAAACAAGUGGUGAUUUUGUUUGUUCAUUGUGAUGUGUGGACAAUGGUGUUCACUUUAACAAAAGAGGUUGAGUCUAAAUAAUGAUGUAAAUACACUUCCAAUGCCGGGGCGGAUCUAGGAUAUCAGGUGUGGAUUUUCGAGAAUACAAUAACAUUUGUGCCGACUCUGUAUUUAUAUUGAGAAAUAUAUUGAAUAUAUAACAUUUAUUUGUUAGGAA